CUGGGGUUUGGCGAAGAGAACGAAAGAAAAGACAGAAAGUGCAACGUCAGAGUUCAGCCGUAGGGUUCCCUCUUUGGUUUUUUGUGUGCUAUUUUGUUUUGGACUCCAUCAUCGCACACAGCCGAUACCUUCUCUUCUCAUCCACACCUCUCUCUCAGAGUUUUCUGAACUGGGUUUUUUUCCCUCUUUUGUAUUUGUUCAUAUUCGAGUGAUUACAGUUGGAUUUUCUUCAUAUAAGGAAGCAGGUUUUUACAGAAGAAUCAAGAAAAAAAAGGUGGCUUAAGGAUCUGGAUUCAGUUCUGUAGUUAAUAGUUUUCUUCUCUCUCUCUCUCUUUCUGCUUGUUUCUUUUGAGUAAUCUAAAAACCAAAAUUGUCUCUUUGGUUGAAGCCAAACGAAGGAGAGACAUCAAGGUGAACGAUAAGGGUUAUUGGGUUUUAAAGACUAGCUGCUGCUAAGAAAUCAGUUUCAACUUCUCUAUAUUUGGGGUUACUAGUUCUCCCUUGUUUUAGCUUUUUCAAAGGUCCAUGGCCCAUGAUGCAAUCUUCAGCUUUCUUCAACUGCUUAUCUAAGAGAUGGAGAUGAUAAAAGGUUUGAUGUUUCAUCAGCAACAGCAACCACAAGAAGAAAACAUGUCUAAUCUGACUUCAGCUUCUGGUGAAGCAAGCGUUUCUUCAGGCAACAGAAAUGAAAACUAUCAUCCUCCUCAACAGUACUUUGCUCCUCCUGCAGCUCCUCAAACUCAACCUGUAAAGAAGAAGAGAAACCUGCCAGGAAACCCAGACCCAGAUGCAGAAGUGAUAGCCUUAUCACCCAAGACUCUGACGGCAACAAAUAGAUUUUUAUGUGAGAUCUGUCACAAGGGGUUUCAAAGAGAUCAGAAUCUUCAGCUUCAUAGAAGAGGGCAUAAUCUGCCAUGGAAACUGAAACAAAGAACAAGCAAGGAAGUUAGGAAGAAGGUGUAUAUCUGCCCAGAAUCUAGCUGCGUCCACCAUGAUCCAUCAAGGGCUCUUGGUGACCUGACGGGAAUCAAGAAGCAUUUUUUCAGAAAACAUGGUGAGAAGAAGUGGAAAUGUGACAAGUGCUCAAAGAGGUACGCGGUUCAAUCAGACUGGAAGGCUCACUCCAAGACCUGUGGCACAAAGGAAUACAGAUGUGACUGUGGAACCCUUUUCUCAAGGAGAGACAGUUUCAUCACCCACAGAGCUUUCUGUGAUGCUUUAGCAGAGGAGAGUGUAAGGGAUAUCACAGGCGCACAAAACUCAGUACUUCACUACUCUCAGCCAGCUCCAGGUUCUUCAACAACUCAUAAUAUAAAUCUCCAAAUUCCCCAUUUCAAUACUACCACUACUCAAGACUUGCUUGCAUUUUCACUUAAGAAAGAGCAACAAAGUUUCAGUCUAAGGCCUGAGUUACCACCAUGGCUAGCUUGCCCGCCAGGACCAGGGGCUGGGGCUGGGGCUGUUCCUGGUCCUAGCCCACCAUAUCAUAGGCAGAUAUCCGUUGAUCAUCUCUCCUCCUCAUCAGCUUCGAUCUUUACCCAUCACCAAGAGUUAUGCCCAAACCCUAACCCUAGUCUUGAACCCACUCUACCCCGUUAUCGGACAGCUCCAUCCCCACACAUGUCAGCUACUGCAUUGCUGCAAAAAGCAACUCAGAUGGGUGCAACCAUGAGCGGCAAAACUAACUGCUUGAUGAGACCCCACCACCACCAAGAACAAGCUCACGUGUCUUCCAAUUCUAGUAACAACAGUGCAAACACAACUGGUUUUGGUCUGAAUUUGUCCUUGCAUGAAGAGCUGUCUGGUGGUUGGUCAUUUGUUGAUGGCCUGCAGGCUUCUUUUGGGAAUAAAGCUGGAGUUGCUGUUCCUUCUGGUAAUACCACAGCUGGUUCUAGUAGUGCGCCCUCAGGUGCCCUUCUUCAAGAAAUGAUGAAUUCUCUAUCUUCUUCUUCUGGGUUUGAAGGGAAUAGCUCUUUCGAAGAUCCAUUUGUUAGCGGAGUUUUGAAUGAUAAGAAAGGUAGGAACUUCCAUGACUCUAUAUCAAAAGCAACAACAAAUGAAAAUGGCGGUGGCACCACUGGCGAGGGUUUGACUAGAGAUUUCUUGGGUCUUAGAGCUUUCUCUCACAGUGAUAUACUGAGUAUGGCCGGUCUUGGCAAUUGCGUGAACUCUGCUCAUGAGCAACAGAAUAGUCAAUCAUGCAGCCAUUCAUGAAAAAAUAACACUAGGGAGAAGGCCAAGCAUAGAUUAAAAGUCAAACUUCUGUCUUUUUGGAUAGUCGAGAUGAAAUUAUAUAGUAACGUUGUAUUUGUAGUUUUUUAAAUGAAAAUUUUCUAAGUUCACUCUA